CCGAGCCGGCCGGCCCGCGGGGCUGAGGCCGAGCCAGCGGGGCCCGCGCUGCGGCCCGGCGGGCACCAUGCGGCGGCUGCGGCGCCUGGCGCACCUGGUGCUCUUCUGCCCCUUCUCCAAGGGGCUGCAGGGCCGGCUCCCGGGCCUCAGGGUGAGGUUCGCACUUCUGGUCUGGCUGGGCGUCUGCGCGGGCAGCUGGAUGGUCUAUGUGCACUUCUCGUCCUAUGCCCAGCUCUGCCGAGGCCACGUCUGCCAGGCUCUCAUUUGUGACCAGUACCACAAGGGCAUCAUCUCGGGCUCUCUGUGCCAGGACCUGUGCAGCCACCACAAGGUGCAGUGGGGGGCCUGCCUGUCCUCGGAGCCAGGCCGCCAGGUAUACAGCGGACUAUGGCAGGACAAGGAGGUGACCAUCAAGUGUGGCAUCGAGCCUCAUCUGCACUCCAAGGUGGCAGCAGCAGGUGGGACCCCCAGGGAGCUGGUGCUCUUUGACAAGCCAGCCCGUGGCACGUCCAUCUCAGAGUUCCGGGAGAUGACCCUCAGCUUCCUCAAGGCCAAUCUGGGGGAUCUGCCAUCUCUGCCAGCGCUGGUGGCUCAAGUCUUGCUCCUGGCCGACUUCAACCACGACAGCCGUGUGUCCCUGGCCGAGGCCAAGUCAGUGUGGGCCCUGUUGCAGCACAAUGAGUUUCUACUGCUGCUGGCAUUGCACAAGGGCCAUGCCUCACCGCUUCUGGGCUACUGCGGGGACCUGUACAUCACAGAGGGGGCACCACACACCACCUGGUAUGGGCCUGCGCUGCCACCCCUGCUGCGCCCACUGGUGCCGCCUGCACUGCCUUGGGCUGUGCAGCGCUGGCUGGGCCCGGCGUGGCCAUGGCGGGCCAAGAUCGCCGUGGGGCUGCUGGAGUUUGUGGAGGAGCUUUUCCACGGCACCUACGGCACAUUCUACAUGUGCGAGACCACCCUGGCCAACGUGGCACACACGUCCAGCUACGACUUCCGCAUGGCUGACCUGCAGCAUGUGGUGCCCGAGGCGGCUGUGCGGCGCUUUCUGGGUGGCCGUCACUGUGUGCACAGCGCUGACUGCACCUAUGGCCGCGACUGCCGAGCACCCUGUGACCAACUCAUGCGCCAGUGCAAGGGUGAUCUGGUGCAGCCCAACCUGGCCAAGGUGUGUGGGCUGCUGCAGGACUACCUGCUGCCGGGCGCCCCUGCGAGUCUGCGGGCAGAGCUGGGCCGCCAGCUGCGCACCUGCACCACGCUCAGUGGGCUGGCCAGCCAGGUGGAGGCGCACCAUGCGCUAGUGCUCGGCCACCUCAAGAGUCUGCUCUGGAAGGAGAUCUCCCACACCCCAUACUCCUGACAGCCAGCCUGGGGACACUGUGGGGCAGUGCUGGGUGGUACUGGAGGCUGUGGCAGGUGAGGUCAGAGCCAGUGCUGGGCUCAGAGUCGAGGUAGAGGUGAGAUGGGCUGGGAAGCUUCUACUGUAAGGUCCGUUUCAGCCAUAUUAAAGCCUGGAAAAGCCGCUACACAGGGCAGAGUCUGAAA